UGCCUGUCUGUCUCCCGACAGCCCAGUGCCCACUCUCGUUUCUCCGGCUUUCGGCUGAAAGACGAAGCGACGGUCCCCCUCGUGGCACGAAAAAGCGAAUUCGUCUGGCCGCUAACGAUCCCUCUUCUCCUCGUGCGCGCGGUGUCGCCGGUGACCGGCGAGAGUCCGUCUGCUACCGAGCUUCUAUUCCUCCUCCUCCUCCUCCUUCUCCUCUCUCUUCCUCCUUCUCUCCUACCUCUUCCACUACUCCCUCCUUAUCAUACCUCUCUCCCCCUGGUCCCUGAAAUCUAGAACAAGAACCGCGUGGUGAGGCGGCCCGGUACCAGUUAUAUCGUCGAACUCGGUACCAACGGAGGUCUCUUCAAGGCUUCGAGUCUCGCAGCAUCAUUUCGCGAUUUCUCGUGACCGCGAGAAGAGACGGGAGUCGCGUCGGGAAAUCAUUUCUCAAGACUAUACCGAAUUGUUAGACAUCGCGACAUCGAGACCGGAAUCAAACUCGAAGGGGACUUUUCGGCGGUCGCGAUCGUGGAGCCGGCGCGAGGCGAAAUCGAAUAAUUUAACUCUUAUUAAAAAAAAAUAUAUAUAUAUAUAUAUACACACACAACGAUCCGGUCGGCGAAUGCGACUGCGAAAGACUUUAAGGUAUCGAGACUUCCGGAAACCGCAUAGAAAGCACGCUACCGGUCUUCCGCCACUUCUUCCACAUCCACUUUGAUUGACGAUCGUCCCUGACGAGAGAGAAACAUAAGGAUGAUGGUAUGUGGCAAUCGUGUGAUGAACGGAGUGGUGCUUCUGAUCGCGUUGGUUCUCCUGAAUGUCCUGUACGCCACCGACGCUCAAGCCUACAAGAAGUCUCAUAUCCGGAUGCAGAAGUUGUGCUCCAGAAAGCUGAGCGACGCCCUGCACAUCGUGUGCCGGGAACGCGGCUACAAUGAACCGUUUUCGUAUAGUAACGAGGAGCGGAGGGCCGAUCGCGGCCCGGGACUCGUCGAGGAGUGCUGUUAUCAUCAGUGCACCUACGAGCAGCUCGAACAAUACUGCAAGCCCCUUCCCGAGGAGACGCAGGUCGACUCGAGGGACGACGUUAUAGAUCAGUCGUACAUAGCGAAUCUACCUCAUUCGACGACAAAAGAUCUGCUGGAGCAGCAUUCGCAAACGGAGUUGGAGUACGCCGGCGAUGCGAUAAAACGUAAGGUCGAUGAUUUGAAAAGGGGACGCCAUAGGGGGAAAAGUGGUCGCAAUAUUGAUGGUGAAUGCAAGGGGAAGGCUGAUGCGAAAAAGCGACACCGCGGCAGGCACUGCAGAUGCCGGCGUCGGCGUCUGGAGUGUCGCCGAGCUGGCAAGGUUUCACGCAACAACGUUAAGCCUCUAGACAACAAAUUUGUAACGACAUUGACGACUGACAAACCUACGUCGUUUCCUUCUGUAUCGUAAUGCGAAGCUGCGGUGCUAAAAAAAAAAAAACAAUGCAGCCGAUUGUCGAUCGUCCAAACAAAAAAUAAGAAGAACUUUUUGAAAAGUGAUUACUCGUAGAUCGAAGUUAUUUGUUUUUCCAAUGCCAAACUUUGAUCCGUUACGUUCUAUCGAUCGCAUCAUUGAAAUAACUGAUGGACUUUGCACACGGAUGAUCGCUCGUAGAGAAGAAACCGGAGAAUUCGGGGGACGGAUAUAUCGGGGCGGAUAAAUCGAUCUGAAAAUGAAUGAUUCGCGUGGAAGAGAUAUUAUUUAUAGGAAAUUCAGCCUCAUCACGCGCAUUAGUGUUAAUAGAUCGUAUCGAAACAGCGACCACGUGUGGCGAACAGUGUCAUCCAUCAAUCUUGGACAUCGAAGAACUGGCGAUCAAGGAAGCAUGUGGAAGAUCGAUUGCUCGGCGACGAUAUUGACGGAAACAGAUCCGACUGUUCCAAUAUAUUGCUUUCCUUCAAUGUCAAGAAUAAUGUCGUCAAGGAAGAAGUGAAUUUCGACGAUGACUCCUGGAGGAACCGCGCGGACUCGAAUAUCGAAUGCAGUUUGUGAUGAACUUGAAUGCAAUCCGUACAAUCGGGUCGCGAGAUCUCGCAAAAAAAGAAAGAAAAGACUUAAGUGAUUUCGAUAUAAGCGUUUUCAAGCGCGAGGAGCAGUCCGAUUUGGAUAUUUAUCGGUGAUUUUAGUUUUAUCAACAAUUGAUCUCAUUAGUAUUAAAAAUUCUGUUGUGUAAGUUUUAAGAUUUGACUUAGAGUUUUUAGCUUUAAAACACACAUCGACGAACGCGUACUUUAUUAGUCCACAAUGGAAUGGACAAGAUUUAAAUGCGGAAUUUGUAGUUUUUAAUAAAAUAAGUAGAUCCGAAGGAUUUGGAAGGGAGUAGUUGUAGAUGGAAGUUUUAUCACGCAAUAAAUUUGAAUAUUGAAUAUUGAAUAGCGCACGCUUUUUUUACCGUGAUUCAAAAUUUCCAUUUGACAUCGGCGUUAAUAAUAGCGACUAAUAAACAUUUAUACGUACUGAAUGAUGUUUCAUUUAUUUCGUCGAAUACCUGACUUCGUACAAAUACAGGAAAUUGAUUGAGAAGUAAGAUAAUAAACUUGAUAUUGUAUUUAUAAUUUGUAUUUGUAUAAUUAAUAUACUCUUUUAAGAGGCACUAAUUUUAUAAUCGCAAUUUUUAAUUCUUAACACGUUUGUCUACGCAGCAAGUAUCUCUUACCGUAUAUGCCAUAAAGUUCUUUU